AUGGCGGACGGUACUAACAUAAUUUUCGAAGACAGGUUCACCGUAGAGACUGUAGAUAAAGAUGGGAAGAAAUUUGAUCGAGUGUCAAGGAUAACAGCCCCAUCACACAAUUUACAAAUGGCAUUGACAUUAGAUUUAGCGAAUGAGUUAUAUCCAUUACAAGUCGGAGAGGUGUUCACACUAGCAAUUGCGCGUUCACUUGUUCCUGAAGAAUUAGAAGUGAAUGUUGAUGGAGAAGGCUCAGAGAAUGGCGAAGGUACCAAAAAAAUAAAAAGGGAAUUAUGGAGAAGUGAAAAUAUGGGUUUAGGCGAAGAUUAUGAUUAUGUCAUGUACGGAAAAGUAUACAAAUUCGAUGAUUCCGCACAAGGGGACAACCAAACUACCGCAUAUUUCUCAUUUGGUGGAUUGCUCAUGGCUCUCAGAGGAUCAUAUAGGCAUCUCGCCAGUGUAGUAGUGGGAGAAAACGUUUAUCUACUCAUGAGGAAGUAG